AUGGCUAUCUGGGACAACUUGGGCGGACGUAAGGAGACCGCGGCUCCCUCGCCAUACGAUGCCUCUAACGCGCAAGACGCAACCUCAUUCUUGUCCGAAGUCGCCAUUCCCGAUCCAACUCAAUUGCAUCCCCUAGCCGGUCUGAACCAAGAUACUCUCGACUACUUGACCCUUGAAGAUUCUGCCCUUGACUCUCUUCCCGGCUCUCGUUCUGUUUUGCCAUCUCGCGGCUGGUCCGACGACCUUUGUUAUGGUGCCGGCACUACAUACUUGGUCGCUCUGACCGUUGGUGGCGCAUGGGGUCUCGCGGAAGGAUUGAAUAAGACACCAGUCACAGCCCCUCCCAAGAUUCGGUUGAACGGCGUGCUGAACUCCAUCACUCGUCGAGGUCCCUUCCUGGGCAACUCUGCCGGUGUGGUGGCGAUGGUGUAUAACGGAUUCAACUCGGCCAUCGGAUACGCUCGGGGCAAACAUGAUGCCGCCAACAGCGUUGCAGCUGGCGCCCUCAGCGGCAUGCUCUUUAAGAGCACGCGCGGCGUCAAGCCCAUGAUGAUCUCUGGAGGCAUUGUGGCGUCCAUUGCGGGCGCGUGGGCUGUCACCCGCAAGGCCCUUUUCUAA